GGAUGAGAUCUCUUCUAUAGUGGUGGCGAUAUACUCGUCGAAAGCCAGGGAGUCGCCGGCGGGCAUUGGCAUCAGAUACCUCGCCGCCGAUGAGCUCGCAAGCUGAGAUUCAGAGAACCAGUGAGACGCGCUUGUAGCCGGAGAGGAUAUUGGUCAGAUUGUUGUGCCGGUGAAGUUGUUGCCGGAGAAGAUUUAGAUUGGAAAAAUCGGAGGGAAUCUGACUGGAAAAACGGUUGGCAUGAAGAUUGAAGGUUGAGGACUCGGAGCUAAAUCAAUUUUCUGAUUGUGUUGGGUGAAGAGCGGAUCGAACCGCAUCUGGGUUUAGCUUGUUGGGCAGCAAUUGCCAAUUCCGUUUCAUUCAACGAGAUGGAGGGAGCUACGGCGGCUGGCGGUGGCGGACCUGCGCCGUUCCUGCUGAAGACAUACGAGAUGGUGGAUGAUUCAUCGACUAAAGAAAUCGUGUCGUGGAGCUCCAGCAAGAACAGUUUCGUUGUGUGGAACCCUCCGGAGUUCGCUCGGGUUCUUCUUCCCACGUAUUUCAAGCACAACAACUUCUCAAGUUUCAUCAGACAGCUCAAUACCUAUGGAUUUCGGAAGAUUGAUCCUGAAAGAUGGGAAUUUGCAAAUGAAGAUUUUGUGAAAGAUCAAAAGACUCUUCUUAGAAAUAUACACCGCAGGAAACCGAUUCAUAGCCACAGUAACCCUCAAGGAUCUCCAGUUGAUUUAGAGAGAGCAUCAUAUGAUGAAGAAAUUGAUAAACUUUCACGUGAGAAAGCUGCUCUUGAGGCAAAUGUUUUGAAGUUCAAAGAGCAGCAAUCUGCUGCAAAACUGCAGUUGGAAACCCUAACUCAGCGAGUAGGUGGCAUGGAGCAGAAGCAAGAGAAAGUACUGGCCUACUUAGAAAAGAAAGUUCAGGACCGUAAUUUUGUUGAACAUCUUACUCGUAAACUUGAAUCCAUGGAUUUCUCAACAUAUAAUAAGAAGAGGCGACUACCUCAAGUUGAUUGCUCUCAGUCAGUUCCAGAAAACAGUUCUGUUGACAAUCAUUGCAGCCCUAGACAUGAUUCUGGGAACAUUUUCAACCAAGAUUUCUCAAUGCUCAGACUAGAACUAUCUCCAGCUGUUUCGGAUAUUAAUUUGGUUUCACAUAGCACUCAAAGCUCCUACGGAGAUGAGGAAAGUCCUCAGAGGAGAAUAUCUGAAGGAUACCCAAAAGAUGCACAGAUGAUAAUGGAUGGUUUUGAAUUUGCCCCUGAAACAUUAGAGCUUUCAGAUACUGGGACGACAUCUUUAACAUUUACGAUGGACUCGUCUUUGUCAAGCAGAGCAGGCGCUGAUGAGAGCCUGAGAAUGCAUUCUUUGCAGCAAAAUUUGAAUUCUAAUGAGGAAGAUGAUAGUCAUAUCUCCUGCCACUUAAAUCUUUCACUAGCAUCAUCUUCAUUGCAAAUUGAGCAAAAUCAUGAUUCCUCUAGGAUGCCCCAACUAUGUCAAGACAUUGUCAAAUCUCCACUGCCAAGGUCAAGUGCCACUGUCAAAGAUGCUGAUAUUGGAGUUUCCCUGAAGAACAGAUCCUUUUCUGAUGAUCAUACAACUAUGUCUUCCUCACAAGAGGCACUGACGAACAAUCCAGAGUCUGCAACUGCUCAAGUCCGAUGUAAUGAUGUAUUCUGGGAACAAUUCCUAACUGAAAGACCAGGCUGUUCAGAUACUGAAGAGGCAAGCUCUAAUUUCAUGGCAAACCCCUAUGACGAGCUAGAAGAAAGAAGAUCAGGCCAUGGAGCGACCGGAAAUGUAAAGAUUGUGAAACAUCUCUCACUCUGAGCACCAAAGUUGCAUUUGGACCGAGUGACAAUAUGUUCAAGGCUUCUCCGUACUCACUGCCAUAUUCUGUAAGAUUCACAUCUCAUCAAACCAUAUAAUAUUUAAGACUUUGUUGACUUCAGACAAUCUUAAUCCAAACCAAAUGAGAUGAUUCUGUAUGUGCCAAAAAUUUUGUUCCUAGUUGAUUAUAUAGCUCAUGGUUAUUCUAGGGUCGUUCUUCUGGAGCAACUGCAUUAACUUUUUGGCAUGGAUGCUUACCUUGUAAAAUGAAAUGUUUGUUUGGAUGGUAAUGGUAACUAAAGUUUGUUUAAUAAUUACGUGACGAUUAAUAGAUUCA